AUGCCGACCAAAACCCCCACCCAAGCCGACUUCCCGUCGACCGUCACCGCAAUCAUCACCACCCCCCCACAAGCCCGCAGCGGCCCCGCCCCAAACAUCCUCCUCCUCCUGCAUGGCCUCGGCGACAGCGCCACCGGCUUCUCAGCCUUCGGCCGCGCGCUGAACCUCCCCGAGACAACCGUCGUCACGAUCCAAGGCCCCGCCCCGGUCCCCUUCGACCUGGGGGGCUUCCACUGGGGCGACGACGUGAGCUUCGACUCCUCGACAGGCGGCCUGGACAUGGACGCGGGCUUUAACAAGAGCACGCGGCUCCUGCGCGAGGUGAUCCGCGACGUCCUGAUGACGAAAUGCGGGUACCGGGCACGCGAGAUCCUCGUCCUGGGGUUUGGCCAGGGCGGGAUGGCGGGGUUGAUGAUCGGGCGGGAGUUCGGAGGAGGAAGCGAGGCCGAGGCGUUGGCGGGGGUGGUGUCUAUCGGGGCAGCGUUCCCGCUGUCGGGGAGCGCAGCAGGGGCGAAGAGUAGGGCGCCUGUUCUGCUUCUUGCGGGGCGGGACUCGGUGGUUGUUUCUGAUUCGGCGGUGAAGAGGACAAAGGGGGUUUUCGAGUUUGUGGAGGUUAGUCGGUAUGCCCGGAAGGGGGAUACGAUGCCUUCGUGUCGGGAGGAGGUUGUGCCGCUGAUGCAAUUCUUUGCGAGGCGGUUGAGGAGUAGGCAGGGUGUGCCGGAGGGGAGUAUUGAGCUUUCAUGA